GCAGAGGGGAGAGCCGUGGUCCGCAGGCUGGGCCGCGCGAGGCUCGGGCUCCCCGCCGCCCCGCUUCGACGCUUCGGCGGGCCGGUCCCGGUGGGCCGCGGUGACCUGGUGGUUCUGGCAGCCCCACGCCGCGCUGCAGUAUCAGCCUUCUUCUGUACCAUCCAGGUCAGAGCUGACUAAGAAGUAUACAGAAGCCAAGUAAUGGAUCCACCUGCACGAAAGGAAAAAUCCAAAGUUAAAGAGCCUGUCAGCAGAGUUGAGAAGGCCAAGCAGAAAUCAGCCCAGCAGGAGCUGAAGCAAAGACAGAGAGCAGAGAUCUAUGCCCUCAACAGAGUCAUGACAGAACUGGAGCAGCAGCAGUUUGAUGAGUUCUGUAAACAGAUGCAGCCUCCUGGAGAGUGAGCCACCCCUGCGUUCACACUAGAGGGGACCCUGGAGGCUUUGUUUGUGAGCAUGUUUCCAGUUUUAAGCUGAGAUGGCCCAUUUGGAGCCUUACACAACCAGACAAGAAGACAUUUGUGUUAUUCCUAAAACUGGAUAAAUCGGAACUUCCUGUAUGUAACUUGCUUCACUAGUUCCUCCAGUCUGAAUUGGCCUGUUGCUUGCUGAAGAGACUUGUUCUAUUCUUCCAAGACAAUAUUCUUUUUUUUUAACCUUUUCUAUUGUUUGAAAAAAAUCAGUGUUUCUUGUGAAACUGUAAAUCUUCUCCAAAAAUACAAAUAAAAUAGUAAUAAAAU